AUGGCUGCUAGUGUGCCAGCAGAUGAUGGCGAUAUUCGAAUUGAGGAGGAUGAUGUUCUGGACAAUGGCAGUGACCUGAUGACAGCUAGCGAAGAUCCGGUAAGCUUUUCGGUCAAUUAUUACAAGCUCCAGAAGCAUCACGUUUUAUGA